AUGGUACAGAUCCACAACUUUUCUAUCCCGACAAGUAGAGAAUUGGAUAAGAUCGCUAAGGAGGAGGGAAAAGCUAUAACCAAGACAGGCGACGACUCUUUAGGCUCAUGGAAGAAAGGAAAAGGAGGAUUCCGAGCUUCCGCAUUCAUUUUCGUCCAGUCGGGGCUCGACAACAUGGGGUUCGUCGCGAACAUGGCGACCUUGGUUCUAUACUUCUACUAUGUGAUGCACUUCGAUGUGGCUACCGCUUCUAACACUUUGACCGACCUCAUGGGUUCAACCUUCUUGCUCACGCUCGUUGGUGGCUUCAUUUCCGAUACCUACUUGAGCAGAUUCACGACAUGUCUUAUUUUCGGAAGCAUCGAAGUUUUGGGUUUGGCAAUGUUAACCAUUGAGGCCCAUUCCAAGCAUUUACACCCGGACCCACGUGGGAAAUCAAGCCGCAUCCACGGAGGGACAGCUACUUACUUCUAUGCCACCCUCUGCCUCUUGGCCCUCGGCUACGGUGGUGUCCGUGGUGCGUUCCCCGCGCUUGGCGCGGAUCAAUUCGACCAGAGGGACCCUACCGAGGCUGGCGCUCUCGCCACCUUCUUCAACUAUCUCACCCUCUGUACCACGGCCGGCGCCACCAUUGGGGUCACGGCCAUCGUGUGGGUCAGCAUGAACAAAGGUUGGCACUGGGGUUUCUUAAUGGCAACAAUCGCUAGCUUUAUUAGCUUUGUCGUUUUGGCUAUGGGAAAGCCGUUUUAUCGCCUGCAGCGGCCCGGAGAUAGCCCACUCGUCCGAAUUUGGCAGGUUGUGCUUCUGGCCAUCAAGAACAGGAAGUUGCCUUUACCAGAGAAUUCAGCUGACUUGUAUGAGAUCGGCGACAAGGAGAGCAGUGCCUUAGCAGUGGCCAAAAUCGCUCAUACCGACCAAUUCAGGUUCCUAGACAAAGCAGCAAUCUUACUUGAUGAAUCAAAGCCUGAGCCCUGGAAAGUGUGCACAGUGACCGAAGUUGAAGAGGUCAAAGUCCUGACCAGGAUGCUUCCAAUCUUGGCCAGCACCAUCAUCAUGAACACAUGCAUGGCCCAACUCCAGACCUUCUCGGUCCAACAGGGCCAACUCAUGGAACCGCACCUCGGGACCCUCAAGGUCCCGGCACCGUCCAUUCCCAUCAUCCCCCUCCUCUUCAUGUCCAUCCUCAUCCCGAUCUACGAGUUUGUAUUCGUCCCCUUUGCCCGCAAGGUCACAGGCCACCCGUCGGGCAUCACGCAGCUCCAGCGUGUUGGGGUCGGCCUUGUACUGUCCGUGAUCUCUAUGGCCGUUGCUGGGAUUGUUGAGGUCAAGCGACGAAACGAGUUUAACAAGACCCCUCCCCAUGUCAUUAGCCUCUUCUGGCUGUCUCUGCAGUAUGGCAUCUUCGGGAUCGCUGACAUGUUCACGCUCGUCGGGCUGAUGGAGUUCUUCUACAAAGAGGCGCCGGUUGGGAUGAGGUCACUCUCAACGUCGUUCACUUGGCUCUCACUGUCCUUCGGCUACUUCUUGAGCUCCAUCUUUGUGAACAUCAUCAAUGCGGUCACCGAGAAGAUCAGUCCUAGCAAGCAAGGAUGGCUACAUGGCCUGGACAUCAACAAGAAUAAUGUCAAUCUGUUCUACUGGUUCUUGGCCGUCCUGAGCACGCUCAACUUUGGAGUAUACCUGGUCGCCACCUCUUGGUACAAGUAUAAGACGGACAACCCUGCUGAUUCAGAGAUGGAAUCGGGGGCCACGGACGGCAUGCCUCUAAUUGCAAGCAAUAAGCUGACGACUGACCAAAGCACUCAGAACGACCUGUGAUUAAUCCUGUUGCCUUUGCCGCCAAGCCUGUCAGCUAAAGACGAUAAUGCUGCGGAAAAAACGGAAACUGCUGU